AUGGCCUUACCCUUUCCAAUACAAUACUUACUGCUAAAGAGGUUGAGUUCAAAGCUCCGCCGGGGAUUACUUUACUUGUCUGUUCGGCUAAGCGAGCGAGUCUUUCUGGUCUGGGACGAUUCUCCUAUCGUCUUAAGGGCGUCGGUGGAAGAUGUUAAAUGUCCUUUGCUUUCUCUCUCUUUCUUGAGUAGGGAGUCUAAGCGAGGGCUUGAGGUGGGUAACCAUAUCCCGUAUCCCGUACGCAGUCUACCGACACAACAUAGCGAGAAGUCGUUCUGCUCUGUUCAGCUAUCCCUAACAAUAACAAGAGCGAGCGCUAGUGCUAGAGCUAGUCUUAUCCAUGUUGGGUUAGGGACGUUUCCCUACGCGGUAGCACUUGACGAGGGUGGGGGAUCAAAAAUAGGCCUUUCUGAAGGCAUAGAAAGAACAUAUGAGGAAGAUGCUGCGGAUAUACAGAUACGGAAGAGGUACCCGUCUGACCUUGGCUUAGUAUCUCAAAGCGGAUUCGUUGGGAAAGGAAUUUCCCGAACUAAGUGA